AUGGGACGCGAAGACGGAAUUAUGUUGAAUGUUCAACACUCUACGCCGGAGAUGUCUUCCCUGGACACCCCCUCCCAAAAGGCAGGCACGGCGCAGGACAAGCAAGACAUGUGGCGUGCCGGUCGAGAUCAGGAACUAAACAGGAACUUCCGAUUUCUGUCCGUUCUUGGGUUUACAGCGGUGCUUAUGUGCACGUGGGAAGCAGUUCUCUUUGGCUCAUCUUAUGGGUUGACCAAUGGCGGCAAAGGAGGUAUGAUCUAUACUUAUCUGGGAGGCCUGGCAGGGUUCAGUUUUGUGAUCCUCUCAAUGGCUGAGAUGGCUUCCAUGGCCCCAUUGUCCGGUGGUCAGUAUCAUUGGGUGUCGGAGUUCGCACCCCCGAGUGCUCAGGCUCUAUUGAGUUACAUCACUGGAUGGAUCUGCGUGUUGGGUUGGCACACCGGUAUCGCAGGAUGCUGCUAUACAGUCGCUAACAUGAUGGUUGGCGUGAUUGCGAUAAACUACCCUGACACAUAUACCUAUAAGCCAUGGCAUGUCACGCUGCUCGUCAUUGCGGUGGCUUUGGUAGCCUUGAUGUUUAACACAUUCCUGGCCCAGAAGCUUCCAUUGAUAGAAGGUAUCAUUUUGAUUGUUCACUGUUUUGGUUUCUUUGGAAUUUUGAUCCCACUUUGGGUGCUGUCCCCUAGGGUUCCCGCUUCCGAGGUAUUUGGUUCUAUAGAGAAUCGGGGUGGAUGGGAUAACAAUGGACUCGCAUGUAUGGCAGGGCUGGUUGGACCGAUAUAUGCUUUGAUUGGUACGUUCCGCACGUUCAUGGAUCCUAUUUUGGACGUUGCUAACGAUAUAUCCGGAAAAGGCCCCGACUCGGCAGUUCAUAUGGCGGAGGAAAUUCGAGAUGCAUCUCGGGUUCUUCCUAUGGGCAUGGUCUGGACACUAAUCCUCAACGGGUCCACCGGCCUAGUUAUGAUAAUCACAUUUGCGUUCUGUGUGGGCGACAUUGAUAAAGUGCUUGAGUCUGAAACAGGCUUCCCCUUUAUCCAGGUCUUCCUCAAUGCCACGGGAUCAGUCAGUGCAACGACAGGCAUGACGGUUGUGAUUAUGAUCAUGCAAUUCUGCGCGGCAAUCAGUAAUGUCGCUACAACCUCGCGUCAGAUCUACUCCUUUGCCCGAGACAAGGGCCUUCCUUUUUCCGACUUUUUGGCACAGGUUAACCCAACGUUCACUGUUCCACUGAAUGCCCUUUGCGUCAGUCUUGUCAUUGUCUCUCUCCUCUCCCUAAUCAAUAUUGGGUCUUCCGUGGCUUUCAAUGCCAUUAUGUCCCUCGGCACAGCCGCCCUUCUAUCCUCCUAUAUUAUUUCAAUCACCUGCGUUCGUCUUCGACGUUGGCGCAAUCAGCCCCUACCACCGGCACGUUGGAGCAUGGGCAAGUUCACCCCUAUCUGUGAUACCAUUUCCAUCAUGGUUUUGCUAGUCAUAUGGGUCUUCAGUUUCUUCCCCCUGACGAAGAAUGUGGACCCAACUACCAUGAAUUGGGGCGUGGUAAUAUUUGGGGGUGUUGUUAUGGUUUCACUCUGUUAUUAUGUGAUAUAUGCACGGAAGGUGUACAAGGGUCCAGUGACACGCGUAAAAAUGAUGCAGCAAUGA